CUUUCUGCUCGUCCGCCAUGGAGAGUCUCGAGUCUGCGCUGGGCAAGAUCAGGCCACACACGCAGUCGUCUCUGGCGCACCAGAAGGCGCCUGCUCACCUGCUGCAGGCGAUCGAUGGGACGCUGGCUGAACGUGAAUCGGAGCGGACGUCGACUGCAUACUUUGCAGCGAUUGUGACUGCACUGGACUCUUCUGUCGGGAAGAGACAGACGUCGCUCGGAGACGGCGAUCUGCUGCCCGCGGAGCUGUAUCUGCUUGCGCUCGUCGCCCCGUUUGUGCCCCAGAGUGUGGUCCAGGCCCAGCUGUGGACCACCCUCGAGCUGCUCGCCCCCCUCUUUCCCUCGCUCACAGACCAUGCACCCCCGCUCCGCUCGUGGAUCGCCGCCAUCCAGGCCCUCGUCUCCUCCGCGGACCGCUCCCAGCUUGACAAGACGCCGCUCGUCCAGGCCUUCAACUCUGUCCUCCACCUCACCGUCGACCACAGACCAAAAGUCCGCAAACGCGCCGCAGAGGCAGUCAAGGCCAUCAUCGACAAACCACCCCUUCCUCUCGCUCGCCAUCCAUACUCUGCCCGAGUCGCACAAUGGGCACACACUGUUCUCGCAGCCGCAGCCGCAUCGCCCAUCGGUGCAAAGGGAAAGAGUCAGCAUACCCCAGAGACAGCCAUCCACCUCAUCCAAUUUCUCAGGACCGCCCUCCCUCACCUCCCUCCUCCCACCAUGCCCGAGUUGACACCGCCCCUCCUUUCCCUCCCACGCCUCGGCAACCCGUUCCUCUCCCAAUCGUCCUACGCCCUCCUCGCCGAUCUCCUCGCUCCCUCUCAAUCCAAACACCCUGACGAAUACACCACCAUCGACAUCGCCCCUAUCCUCACCGCCGUCCUCACUUCACCUCCCACCCCCAACGACAUAUCCCUCGCUCCCGCAUGGCUCGCCCUUCUCGCCGCAGCAGCCCACUCCGCCUCCCCAUCCCAGCUCACUCAGAUCUGGCGCGCCUCCUUCCCCCGUCUUGCCGCAGACGCCCGCGACGUCAGAUCCGCAGCGGCCAGCGCCUGCGUACGCGUCGCCUCUGCACCCGAGUUCCCCGCGAGCCAGCUUGUUCCGGAGGCCGUCAAAGACCUCUCAGGCGCUCUCGAGCAGCUCCAGUUCGCUCGUGCCAUUCCUGAUGUGCUCGGCGUCAUAGCUGCCCUCGUCUUUGCUCUCCGCAUAAGAGACGAAAGCGGGACUACCCACGCGGAGAAGCACGCGCUCCCGCUUGUCCGUCGUGCUGCCACCCUGCGCGUUCAGAAGGGCUUCGAGGCAAAGGAGCACGCCGAUGCUGUUCUCCGUGCUGCAUUGCAGAGCAUGGGCGCCCAAGUCGUCCUCGACGCCCUUCCACUCAACCUUCUUCCCGAGGAAAGAGCCCCAGGCGACAGCGAGCCCCGCGCUUUUCUCCUUCCUCUUCUCGUUGGCCCCCAAUCAGCUCCUCUCGCACACUUUGUCCAGUACUUUAUACCGCUCUCCAUCAAAAUGUUCGACAAAGCACAGCAGGCUUCCUCAGAGGCAGAAAAGAAGGUUUGGGAAGUUCUCGUGGGCCAGGUGUGGGCUGCUCUUGGAGGGUAUUGCUGGGGUGGAGGUGACUUGAGCAAGGCGCUCACUCCGGACUUUGCUCAACUCCUCACGCAAGUACUCUACAAUCAGCCUGAGCUUCGUUCUUCUGUUCUCAAAGCACUCAAGACGCUGGUGGAGAGCAACACGAUUCUCGCGAACUCGGAUGCUGAUUCUCAGCCUAAAUCGGAUGCAGCUGAUGGCGACGCGGACAACGAGGAGGACGGGGACGAGGAAGAAGAAGAGAAGGACGAGAACAAACACACUUUGAAAACCAAGGCCUGGCUCGAGAUUACCGCGACAACUUCCGAACAGGCCAAGGCCAACCUCGCUCUGCUCUCGAGCCAAGCCGAGAGCUGGCUCGCUGUGCUCUUCAAUGUAUUCGGUAGUGUGCCGCCACGGUCGCGCGGAGCAGUCGGCGAUGUUUUGCGCGCUUGGAUUGGGGUUGCCGGAGUCAAGGACGUGAAGAACGCGUACAAGAAAAUCAUGGGCAUGCUCGACAAGAACCUGCCCGCACCGGCCUCGGCACAAAAGGGCGGCAAAGGCGGGGCGCCGAAGAGCCUGCCGCACGAGGAUGAGGCCAGUGUGCCGAGCACGAUGCUCGACCUCGCGCUUCUCCUGCUGCCUGCACUCCCGCCGGCAGAGCAAACAAGCGCGUUCGUGGCGUGCGCACGUACACAGGUGCUUGGGUGCUCUAGCGGCGCUGUCCAGAAACGCGCGUAUCGCGUCUUGGCGCGGGUGGCCCAGGGUGGCAAGGUCGACGUGGGCGCUGUCGACGAAGACGCGCGGAUGGAUGCGGAUGGAGCCGUCGUCACUCCGACUGGAGGCGUGGAUGUGCUUCACAUAUUCCGGAGGCUGGAGGACACCGUGGAUGUUGUGCAGCCCGGUGCGAAGAGGGACCGGCUCGCUUUGCUUGCUGCUCUCGUUCCUCAUUUGCCUGACCGUGCGCUACACGCCGUCCCUGCGCUUAUACCCGAGGCAGUCCUUGGGACGAAGGAGCCUUCGGAGAAGGCACGCAGCGCGGCGUUUGCGCUUGUUGUUGCCCUCGGCUCGCGGAUGCAGGCCGGUGGCAUCGUUCGCCGUGGGCUCGUUGCUGGCAUGACAGACGGCGACGAAGCAAUGGACGGCGCGGAUGGUCAGGGUGAGGUGCAGGCGAACGUGGACGAGUUCGUGACGAUGGUUGCGGGCGGUCUUGCUGGUGCGAGUGCGCAUAUGAUUAGCGCCACGAUCACGGCGAUUGCACGGCUUGUGUUUGAUUUCAAAGACGACAUCUCGGUGCGAAUGCACGAGGAAGUCUUACAGACGCUUAUCGUCUUCAUUACCUCCGCCAACCGCGAGAUUGCCAAGGCCGCUCUCGGCUACGCGAAGCUCGCGGCACACGUCGUCGCCCCGGCGCCGCUGUCGUCUUCGCUCCCCGCGCUCGUGCGCGCCUUGCUCCGCUGGGCGGGCGAGCACAAGAACCGGUUCAAGCUCAAAGUGCGGCACAUAUUCGAGCGUCUCGUUCGCCGGGUCGGCUGGGAUGUAGUUAAUGAAGCCGUGCGCGUGGUUGGGACAGAAGGUGAGAGCAUGGAAGAGAAAGAGGAGGCCAGGAGGCUGCAGGAUGUCGGAGAGAAGGUGCUUGUGGGUAUCAAGAAGCGGAGGGAGAGGGCGAAGCGGAAGAAGGCUGCGAAGGAGGAGGAGGGUGAGAGCGAGGAAGAGGCCCAGGCUCCGGCGCGCUCUGGCGACGCGUUCGAGGAUGUGCUCUACGGCAGCGAGAGCGAGGCGGACUCGAGCGACGACGACGACGACGCACGGGGGCCUUCCAAGGGAGGCCGUGCCGCCGCUGCCGCUCAGAGGCAAAAUCAAAAAGGCGCCGGCAAGCGCCACGGGCUCGACGGCGGCAUGCACAUCCGGAUGGACGACGGUGACGAGCCGAUGGAUCUGCUCGCGGGCGCGUCGGCGCGGCUGACGAAUACGCACGAGCGGCGGAAGAAGCCCGGGCAGGACGCGCGCCACUUCAAGAUGGACGCGGACACGGGCAAGAUGGUCAUCGAUGCCGAGGAGGAGGGUGGCAAUGGCGAGGGUGCGGGUGCGGGUGGGGAGGAUGUGGAGGGUACAGCAUAUCGCGAGGGGCUGACGGGCGCUGACGGGUUCACGCGCGGGCCGAACGGGCGUGUCAAGUUCAACAAGGAUACGAAGAAGCGGCGGCGGGCGGAGGCAGAGAUGGGCGACGGGGAUGGGGAUGUUGAGAUGGGCGAGGCGAAUGUGGGGAAGAAGAAAAAGAAGGGAGAGCCGAGACCUGGUAACGAGUUCAGAGCUAAGAGAGCGGGUGGCGAUGUUAAGAAAGGUGGUGUAGACCCAUACGCCUACCUUAGCCUUUCGCAGGCGGCGAAGAAGAAGGGAGGUAAGGGCAUUGGCAUUGCAGGAAAGCGAUGAGGGACACUCGAGAAACUUCUUCCAACCAAAAGAGCACAUCGUUGCUCAUUCGACUCAUGGGCCAUUGCACGUUUUUGCAAGAUUAUAAAUUGCAUAUUUGUACAAAAUGCGCUCUUUUUUCUUUGCUGAGGGAUACAUACAUACCCGUCAUAUUUUCCAUCUUCACCCGGAUGAUCAUCCAUAGAGCGUCUGAUCGUGUGAUGUGCCAAAGAGGCCCUCACCCCAACUUGUGGGUUGUUUCCAGCUCUGCACGUCCGCACCGGCGACUUUGGCCGUAACGGCGGCCAUGAGGUGAGCAUCGGACCUGUUGUCGCCCUCCAUGACGUAUUGUAGAAGGGCAACGGUCGGGACGGACCACGCCGUGGGCAGGGAGGAGAGGAUGCGACGGGUGAGGCCGCCGCCGGGGAUGAAGGGGACACCUUCCUCUGCCUUGGGGUGUUCUGCGCCUUCAGGGAACUGUGGAACAGAGGUGUAACUUGGAAUAGGCAGAUCUCUGAUGUGCUCGAGAGGGGUUUGUGCGAGAGCUGGGGCGCCCUGAGGGAGGAUGUAUGAUGUCGGUGUCAGCAUCUGAGAAUCGGUACGGUUGGAGGUGUCGACGCCGCCGAGGAAGAUGACAGCAGCAGCCCCCGAGGACUUGACAAAGUCGAGGAGCGCAUUGACAAAAUCCUGCUUGAAUGCCUUGAGAGCCGGCGAGCGUUGUUGCAUAACCACAACAUUCUGGUCCUCCUUGCCAUAGACCUCGAGAGGCAUCGUGAUCCCUUCCUGUCCGUCCUCGCGCGCACCAACAACAGGCACGAGCCACUGGGGGUCGCAUACGCCGACGCGGGCGAGGUCGAGCGAGGCGAUGAGGAGAUCAGCUCCCAGCUGCGCGACAUUCGCGACGGAUACGACGGGGAUGACUAGGGUCUUGUCCUUGAGGGAAAGAUUUGAUGUUGGGUAGUAAAACGUCAUUGGAGGAGUGGGCAGCUCGAGGUCAAUAUUUCAAUUCUUGAGCUUAAGUGAUCGCGGCUUUCGC